AUGAGCUCUGUCGCCUCGUCGUCCCCGUCCUCGGGAAAGCCUGAUAAGCUCGACCCGGUGGUGCGCAACGCCCUCCGCUACACGCUCAGCGCCCGCGAGUACAAGCUCUUGCAUCAGUACCUGAUCUCCCGCGCUCCUCCUGCUGCACGCCAAAGGGCCCCUCCUCCGCGACGCUACGAGGCCAUUGUCAAAGCUACCGACGACUACAAUGCUGCUGCCGUUCGCGCUUCCUUGCGCCUUGGCUUAUCUUCCUACGCCGCAUUGAAGCUCUGGGAAAUCGUCUCCACACGCUUUCUCUCAAAGCGCACCACUGUGCGGCCAAAACUCCCUUUCUGGAAAUCGCCAAACGUCCGCCUCUCCAGUUCUCUCGGCCUGAUCCUCUUCUUCCACCGCAUUCUCCAUCGCUUCUUCAUCCGCCUACGAGAAAGCAUCCUCACAGACAAUGCCAAGCCAUUCCGCCGCCGCAACCCCCGCGUCACAAAAGUUCUGACCUCAAGGCUUGCUCCGGCCAUUGGCGCAAGCCUCUCCGGCUUCUGGCUCGGGCUUUACCCCGCAGAUCAGCUUCGAAUCACCAUUGCCAUCUACGUAUUUUCAAGGUCACUGGAGUUUAUAUACAAUGGACUUGAGGAUAGGGGGCUAUUUAAGGAUCGUCCGUGGUGGUUCGGCUCGUGGCUACUGUACCCCGUGGCCUGCGGACAAUUGCUGCACGCAUUUGUCUUCGACCGAGAUUGUUUCCCCGAAGCAUACGGCCGCUUUAUUCUGAGGAACUCACCUCAGUACAUUCAGCCCAAGCCGCCGUACUAUGCUGGGCAGGCCCCGUGGCCAGACACUUAUGCAGUGGUGGACAGCCUGGCCGAAAUCGCUCGCCUGCGAUGGCCUCCCUUCGUUUCACCUAUCAUGUUCCCUAACAAGCAGACCCUUCCCCGGACGUUGACGGCUAUAUCGCCCAUCACGUCGCCAGCCCAUCCCGCUAUCAAGAACCUCUCCUGCGCCCUUCUCCACCCGCAUGACCCAUCGUGCGCUCGGACUUAUAUUUCGUAUUUCAUUCAGGCCUUUCCGGCGCUUGCCCGUUUCUUCACGAUCAUCUUUGGCGUCCUUUCACUUGCCAGAUACAAGGCCUUCGUCGACGCUCCUUUUGCUGCUCUCAACCGCCUUGCCAAGUCCAUCCUCCGCAUGUCGCUCUUCGUCACCGGCGCCAUUGGUACCAGCUGGGCGAGUAUCUGCUUCUUCCAGCAGUACCUGCCACGGAACUUCCUGCCUACCCAACGCUUCUUCCUUGGAGGUUUCUUGGGCGGAUUAUGGGCUUUCUUGGAGCGCCACAAUGGCCGCACCACUUUCCUUUACUCUUCCCGUUUGAGCAUAGACAGCUUUUGGAAAGUUGGCAUCAAGCGUGGUUGGUGGCGGGGCGUCAAGAAUGGCGAUGUCUUACUUUUUGUCACGAGUUUGGCCGUCAUCAACAGUAUGUACCAGAUGGACCCGAAGUCUGUGAACGGAGGGGUCGUCAGGAAAGGGCUAAGCAUGCUGCGCGGCGAUGGAUGGGUCGAUCGCGCACUUUUGAACGAGAAGCGUGCCAAGAGGGGAAAGCGGGAUGAGGUCUUAGACGAGAGGGAGGUCAAGGCGACGGGAAUGCCUGAGAGGGGUGCAUUGAGCCAGCAAGAUGAGGAGGAAAUUCGGCAAAAGGGGGCGUAA